CACGGCCGCCGCCGCCUCCGCCUCUCCUCCUGCCGCUGCUGUCGCAGCCCUAGGCGGCCGCCGGGCUCGUCUCCCGCCUCUGCCUGGGCGCUGCUGAGCCGCGGCGCGCCAGGCUGCUGCAGCAUGCCGAACCCCAGCGGCCUCGACAAGGCGCUGAAGAUGUCCUUGCAGAGGAAAACCAAGAUCCACUCGGCCGCUGGACCCAUUUGCUCCUCUUCGGGCUACAAGAAGGCAGAUGAUGAGAUGUCCGGGGCCACGUCCUCUGCGGACCAGGAGGAGGCAGCAGCCCGCACCAUUUACUUGAACCAGCCCCAGCAGAGCAAGUUCCACGACAACCGGGUCAGCACAGCCAAGUACAGCGUGGUGACAUUUCUACCUCGAUUCUUGUAUGAGCAGAUCAGAAAAGCGGCUAAUGCUUUCUUCCUCUUCAUUGCCUUACUGCAGCAAAUUCCAGAUGUCUCACCAACUGGAAGAUAUACCACCUUGGUGCCACUGCUAUUUAUUCUCACGGUUGCUGGCAUCAAGGAGAUUAUUGAAGACUAUAAAAGACACAAGGCUGACAGUACGGUGAACAAAAAGAAAACAGUGGUUUUAAGAAAUGGGAUGUGGCAGAAUAUUAUGUGGAAAGAGGUGGCAGUGGGAGACUUUGUGAAGGUCACCAAUGGGCAGCACCUCCCAGCAGACAUGAUCAUUUUAUCUACCAGUGAACCUCAGGCGAUGUGCUAUAUUGAAACAUCUAAUCUCGAUGGCGAGACUAACCUUAAAAUACGGCAGGGUUUGACCCAGACUGCUUGCCUCCAGUCAAAAGAAGAAGUGAUGAAAACAUCUGGGAAAAUAGAGUGCGAAGGGCCCAACCGUCACUUGUACGACUUCACUGGAAACCUGCGUUUAGAUGGCCAAAGUCCAGUUCCGAUUGGACCUGACCAGAUCUUACUAAGAGGUGCACAGAUAAGGAACACUCAGUGGGUUUUAGGAAUUGUUGUCUACACAGGACAUGAUACGAAACUUAUGCAGAAUUCAACCAAAGCUCCCUUGAAGAGAUCGAAUGUGGAGAAAGUGACCAAUAUGCAGAUUCUCAUUUUGUUCUGCAUCCUGCUCGUUAUGGCUCUAGUGAGUUCUGUGGGUGCCUUACUAUGGAACAGAACACAUGGAGAAGUCAUUUGGUACUUUGGCUCAAACAAAACAAUCCCAGGCAAUUUUGGAUACAACCUGCUCACUUUCAUAAUCUUGUACAACAACCUCAUUCCCAUCAGUCUGUUGGUGACUCUGGAAGUCGUGAAGUUUACUCAGGCUCUUUUUAUAAACUGGGACAUAGAUAUGUAUUAUCACGAAACAGAUACACCUGCAAUGGCCAGGACUUCAAACCUUAAUGAGGAACUCGGCCAGGUAAAAUACCUGUUUUCUGAUAAAACAGGCACCUUAACAUGCAAUAUUAUGAACUUUAAGAAAUGCAGCAUUGCGGGAGUAACAUAUGGUCACUUUCCAGAAUUAGCAAGAGAAUGUUCAUCAGAAGACUUCAGUCAACUUCCUCCUUCCACCAGCGAAUCUUGCGAAUUUGAUGACCCGAGGCUGCUGCAAAAUAUUGAGAGCGACCACCCCACAGCUACUCACAUCCGGGAAUUCCUCACUCUCCUGGCUGUGUGUCACACCGUUGUCCCAGAAAGAGACGGAAACACAAUCAUCUACCAGGCCUCUUCUCCAGAUGAAGGAGCCUUAGUCAAAGGAGCAAAAAAGCUUGGCUACGUCUUCACCGGACGGACUCCGGAUUCUGUUAUCAUCGAUGCGCUAGGAAAAGAAGAGACAUAUGAGAUCCUCAAUGUCUUGGAAUUUUCAAGUGACAGAAAACGAAUGUCUGUAAUUGUUAGGACUCCGGAAGGACGUCUGCGUUUGUACUGCAAAGGAGCCGAUAACGUCAUUUUCGAGAGACUCUCCAAAAAUUCCCUGUAUUUGGAGCAAACACUGUGUCAUCUUGACUAUUUUGCCACAGAAGGUUUGAGGACUCUGUGCAUUGCAUAUGCAGACCUAUCGGAAAACGCUUACCGGGAUUGGCUGACCAUCUAUAAUGAAGCCAGCACAAACCUGAAGGACAGAACUCAGAAGCUGGAGGAGUGCUAUGAGAUCAUUGAGAAGGAUUUACUGCUUCUUGGUGCUACGGCCAUUGAGGACCGCCUUCAAGCAGGUGUUCCAGAAACGAUAUCCACUUUAAUAAAAGCAGAAAUCAAGAUUUGGGUCCUAACAGGAGACAAACAAGAAACAGCUCUGAACAUAGGAUAUUCCUGCAGGCUCGUGUCCCAGAGUAUGACUCUCAUCCUUGUGAAUGAAGAUUCUCUGGACGCAACGAGAGCUACACUGACUCAGCACUGUGCAAACCUGGGUGAUUCGCUGGGCAAAGAGAAUGACAUCGCUUUGAUUAUCGAUGGUCAGACGCUGAAGUACGCUCUUUCCUUUGAGGUGCGGCAGUCCUUUCUGGAUCUAGCGCUAUCGUGCAAAUCUGUCAUCUGUUGCAGGGUGUCUCCUCUGCAGAAGUCUGAAAUCGUAGACAUGGUAAAGAAGCAUGUGAAUGCCAUCACUCUGGCCAUUGGGGAUGGUGCCAAUGACGUGGGGAUGAUCCAGACAGCUCACGUUGGAGUGGGGAUCAGCGGCAACGAAGGCAUGCAGGCGACCAACUCCUCCGAUUACGCGAUAGCCCAGUUUUCCUACUUGGAGAAGCUGUUACUUGUCCACGGAGCCUGGAGUUACAAUCGAGUAACAAAAUGCAUAUUGUACUGCUUUUAUAAGAACGUGGUGCUGUAUAUUAUAGAGCUUUGGUUUGCAUUCGUUAAUGGAUUUUCUGGGCAGAUUUUAUUUGAGCGGUGGUGCAUUGGCCUCUACAAUGUGAUUUUCACGGCAUUGCCUCCCUUCACCUUGGGAAUCUUUGAGCGAUCGUGCACUCAAGACAACAUGCUUCGGUUUCCCCAGCUCUACAAAAUUACUCAAAAUGCUGAUGGGUUCAAUAGCAGGGUGUUCUGGGGUCACUGCAUCAAUGCUUUGAUCCACUCCAUCAUUCUCUUUUGGUUUCCCUUAAAAGCCCUGGAACAUGACGCGGUAUUUGCAAGUGGCCAGAGUGUAGACUACCUGUUUGUUGGAAAUAUAGUUUAUACGUAUGUUGUGGUGACCGUCUGUCUGAAAGCUGGCUUAGAAACCACAGCAUGGACAAAAUUCAGUCACUUGGCUGUUUGGGGAAGCAUGCUGCUCUGGCUGGUCUUCUUCGGAGUCUACUCCACCAUCUGGCCCAUCAUUCCGAUUGCACCAGACAUGCUGGGGCAGGCAGGAAUGGUGCUGAGGUGUGGAUACUUCUGGCUCGGUUUAUUUCUGGUGCCCACAGCGUGCCUUGUUAAAGAUGUGGCGUGGAGAGCGGCCAAGCAUACCUACCAUAAAACUUUGCUGGAGCAGGUUCAAGAGUUGGAAGCUAAGUCCAAAGAGCUGGGGAAAUCUAUGCUGCGUGAUAGUAAUGGAAAGAGCAUGAACGAACGGGACCACUUGUUGAAAAGGCUUGGCAGAAAAACCCCUCCAAGUCUCUUCCGUGCUCAUUCUGUCCAGCAAGGUGUCUCACACGGGUAUGCGUUUUCUCAAGAGGAGCAUGGGGUCGUUUCCCAGUCUCAAGUCGUCCGAUCCUACGACACGACGAAACAGAGACCUGGCGUCGAAUAACGGCGGUCCUUUUGCUCGGCUGGUGGCUGGAGUAAUAAGAUCGGGAUCAAUGCGUCCACUGUUAAUACAUCCUCGACUAAGGUUGGCAACAGCAGCGUAAACACCAGAAAAGAAAACCCUUUUUACUGUG